AGGACGCACUUAAGCCUAUUAGAACUGCGCCCAAAGAAGGUGAUGAAAAGGGAAUGGUAGUUAAGCGUCAUGAUCAGGAAGAUCAUCAGCCAUUGAGUCCAAUGGCUCGUUUGUUUCAUGAACCUGACUGCGAUCUCUAUGUUAUCGGCAUGAUCGGCACGAAAACUCGCAUCGACCCUGAUGUGUUUAAAGCCAACCUGGUGCAUAGUCUCCUUAAACACCCUCGUUUCUCUAGUCUGCAUGUUAUGGAGGAGGAAAAGGGAGGAGAGACGAAAUGGGUUCCAACAAAAGUUGAUUUGGAAAACCACGUUAUAGUUCCAGACAUGUGUUCCGACAUGGAAACAUCAUCAGACAAGUACGUGGAAGACUACAUUUGCAACCUCACUAAAACAACCCUAGACUUUUCCAAGCCAUUAUGGGACCUUCAUCUCCUCAACGUGAAAACCUCCGACGCCGAGGCCGUCGCCGUUUUCAGGAUUCAUCACUCCCUCGGCGAUGGCACGUCUCUCAUGUCUCUUUUACUUGCCUGCACACGCAGAGCCUCAGAUCCCAUGGCUCUGCCUUCUGUUCCCAUGAUGAAGAAAUCAAAAUCAUCGGCUGGGUCUGGAAGGUGGUGGAAGGCUUUCAGACAGUACACUUUAGCUGAGAUGAUGGAGAAGGGGUCUAAAGUGAAAGGGGGAAAUUGGAUUGGAUCUAUGCUCCUCCUUUUUGCCAUUGUCUUAUACGAUGACCCUUUAAAUUAUAUUCGUCAAACUAAAGCCACAAUCGAUCGAAAGAAGCGUUACCAUGAAGCUAUAUUUACAUUUUUCAUUAUUAAGAUGGUUCUCAAAUUAUUUGGUGCUAAGAAUGUAGUUGGACCUAUGGAAUAAAUCGGUUUUUAUGGCCAUCCAAUGGCUUUCCUUGCUCCAAGCGUUUACGGCUAACCUCAUGGAUUGAUGAUUGAUUUUCAAAGUUAUAUCAAUAAAAUGAUAUUUGUUCUUUCGGUUGAUGAAGAAAUAAUUCCCGAUCCUCACCAAUUAUGUGAUGAUCUUGAAGAGUCACUCAAGUUUAUGUUGACAUUGCAAGAGGUUUUAAUAAAAUUUCUACUUGCAACACCAUUGAGGCAAAUCAAGCGGAUGAUCAAGAAUGGACGUAUCACAUCGCAGAAUAUCUCCGGACAGGCACUCUGCCCGGAGAUCCCAAACAAGCACACAAAAUCCGGGUACAAGCUGCCCGUUUCACCCUGA